AUGAGGCUACCCAUGUUGGAAGCGAGGGCAGGUGCCCUCGAGCGCAGGCUGGACAAGCAGAACAAGAGCUUCGUUAUUAUAGCACUCAUUGUCGCAGCAGUAUUCGCAAUCCUCGUGACCACAUAUCUCCUUACUCUGCGGUACCGGCGGCCCUUCUCCACGCUGCGCAACACAGACCAGUCGACGGACAACAAGCUGCCGUCGUUGUUUUCGUUCAAGCGGCUUUUCAAGAGGAAUCGCCAUGAAUACUCCAACACGCUGCAGGACACUGCGUACCGCGGCCCCGGCGCCAGCGACAGCGCCCGCGACCGUGAGAUGAGCGGGGCGAGCAACGCUGAGCGGCAGGCCGGAACCGCAGGCGUAGACAGGAACACGUCGGUACGCAGUGUCAUGACACUGCCCGCCUACUCGCGGUCGGUGCGAGAGAACGAGCGGGUUCUGGGUCGCGAAGGCGAGAGAGCAGGCAUGGACAACGUGGUCGAGCUGCCGGAGACGGCCGACGACGAGGAAUCGCAGCGCAACGAGGAGAUGGAGUCCCUCUACCAGAUUCGCCUGGCACGGCGAGCAGAAGCAGCAGAGCGCGAGGCACGGCGAGAAGCCAGGCGCGACGCCCGCGCAAGAGGCGACACGAUUGCACUCGCGGAGAUUCGCCGCCGAGCCGAAGAAGCCGCCGACCUGUCUGUCUCGCAGAUGCUCAUCGCCGAGCACCAGACCCGCAGCCGCGACCGGCGAGUCUCUUCUGUAGCCUACGGCGACCUGGGCGUGGCGCGACACGACGGCACCCGCCUGCGCGCCAACUCACACGACAGCGACAAUCGCCCGCUCCUCGACAGCGCCGCGUCCAUCUCAGGCAUCAGCGGCCGUUCGCGCGGUCUCACCAACCAGUCCACGAACACGCUCGACACGCACCACCGCGGCCUGUCCAUCACUUCGAUUCCGCGAACAUCCGUUGAUUCGCGCGCAUCCAACGAGUCCGAGUCCCCGCCAGCUGUGCAGACUCGCUCAGAUUCGAGCAGCGACAUCGCCAGCAACGGCCUCCAGACAGUACCCAGUGCUCGGGACACGAGCCCAAGUCUAAGCAGAAACGGAGGCGCAACACCAAGCCCAGAGGCCGCUGCUGAAGAGGCGCCUGCGUACGAAGACCCGCCAGACUACACAAGCCCCGUCGAACGAAGGGCGCCCCAGCUGCCGCGCCUACCAACUCUCGAGAGAAUACCGAGCAUUCGAGUGGUGACUACAGAGCCCACACCGAUCGACCCCAACCCACCCUCGUCGUUCCGCUGA